AUGAUCAUCCCAAUCCGCUGCUUCUCUUGCGGCAAAGUGAUCGCAGAUCUAUACGAGCGUUAUGUUGAGCUUAUUGGAACGGUCAAGGAAGACGGCGACACCACAUCAGACGGAGAUGCCAUGGACCAGCUCGGUCUKAGCCGCUACUGCUGCCGUCGCAUGAUGCUCACACACGUCGAUCUGAUUGAGAAGCUGCUGAGAUACAACCCAGCCGAGCGCGACAUUAUCAAGACCAACAACCGAUGA